AAACGAAGAGGAAACGAUGGCUCAUUCGGCGCGAAAUGCGCGCGUCGCGGUCCCGACGAUUUUCUCGAACGAUACCUCGUCGGCGAGGGGAAAGGAAAACGCGCGUUCCUCGAUCUAUUAUAAUAACGCGGUGGACGGUGGUAAAAAGGUAUCGUUCGCGAACGGUGACGCGGCGCGUCGAACGCGCGUCUUCUUAGGUUCGAACGACGAGCGAAGAAAGGAAGCUGGAGGCUCGAACGAAAAUGGUCACGCUGGCCGUACCCUCGGUUCGAGCUUUCCCGUUAAAAAGACGCCGUUUCACGUUCACUGCGAUCAACGGAACGUCGUCUCGGGAACGGAGUUGCCUUUCGGGAACGACGACGGGAACCGUAAACAGUCGAAAUCUCGAGAAGGGUCGAGCAAAGUGCCGAUCGGCAAGCGAUCGGCAAUCGAAAACCGAUGUACAGUGGAGGAGCCGCGGGUCGCUAAGAAAUUUCUACCCUCCAAAAUACCGUGUCGUCCGAGGUCAAAUUCCGUGCAAACGAUGCGAACCGAUACGCGAGCAAGCAGAGGACGUUCAGCUUCGGUCGACGUCGCUAUCGAUUCGCGCGUGCAGCUACGUUUCGGCAGAGCCUCUUCGAUUGCCGAACGAAGCUCCGUGAAGAAGAGAACGGCAACGAAAGCGAUCAAAAGCGACGUUCCGCGAUCGAGAAACAUGAUCGAAGACAGGACGAACGUACGCGUAGCCGCUGUACCCCAGCGCAUGGAAGAGGCGUUAAGAACGAGAGGGCUGGUGAAAUCCGUGUUGACGCCGGUCGACGAACCACCGCCUCCACCGACAGCUGUCAAGGCGGUGAUUCGACGGAACAAGGUGAUCACGUUCAAGGAGAUCGAUCCAUCGAUGGAUCAAAGAGGAUGGAAGGAGGAAGAGGAUACAUUUCCGCACGAGUUGUCGUGUCACGCGGAAUAUCACGACGAUUUGCCGACGAUCGAACGCGAGAGGGAAAAGCGAUCACCGAGAUUGUCGGCUAACUUCUUGACCAAGCACGUGAACGUCGAUCAAAGGAGACUGGUGGUUGUCUUUCUGUUACGUCUCGGAAUGCAUUGUCGAUAUCCGUCGUACAUCGUGUAUCAAUCGGUGAAGCUGUUCGACGCCGUUACGGACAGAAUUCCCGUGGAGACUGCGUUCAUACAGUUGUCGGCACUGGCGAGUCUUUGGAUCUGUCUGAAGAGGCAAGAAAACUUCCACAGGAUUCCGACGGCUACGACCAUGGUGGCCCUCGCCAAGGAUCUUUACGCGGGUAGAGAGGACUUAUUGAUAGCCCACGAAAGGAAGAUCCUGCAGGUCUUCGACUUUAACGUCACGUUUCCCGACGCGUACAGCAUGUUCACGCAUCACGUGGUCAGUUGUAGUCGUCGGGUCGACAUACCCGUCGAGACCUGUUCGUUCAUCUACAACUGCGGCAAUUACCUGAUCGACGUUACCCUAUUGGACGAACAGUUUUGUCGGACACCCGUAACGCUGAUCACCCUAACGGUAGUCGAACUGGUGCUCGGUCUCGUUUUCGACGCCACGACCGAGAACUCCAGUCCUCGAUGGUUGUUCUGGAGGGGUUUGCUCUUUGCCGCGGUUCCUCGUUUGAUCGAUAGAUUUCCAGACAAGGAGAUCGAUGAAACGCGUAUCGCGAUGUUGCGACGCCUGAUACAUUCCGGGCAAAACCACUGUGGCUUCGAGAUAGUGUACAAGAAAUACAGUCGCAGCAAAUACGGUCGAAUAUCGGAAUCGUUCCUGAAGCUGGUCCUCAGGCUGUCCACCGCGGAGACUAUAUUUGAUUCGUAGACCGGUCGCGCUAUCCUAGCAUGUAUCGUUUGCGAUUUUUAUUCGCGAGUUCGUAACAAGGUGAGAGAGAUAAAUAUGGAUGCAGC